UUGAGUUGAGAUGACUGCAGCCACGGGGGUUUUCAUUCAAUCAGCUGCAGCUCCGCAUGUCCACGACUCCGUGCGCACAUUUUCACGCAGAUCUUCAGUCACUCACUGAUUUUAUUCACUCUUACUGCACCUAGAAAAGUCUGAUUGAUCAAAGCUGUGGUGCCAAAUGAUAGCUGUUGUUUUUUAUUUGUUAUUUUUUUAUUGUCUGUAAUUAGUUUCCUGGACCCCUCCCACUUUCCGGGUUAUUUCUCAGAUUGCUUCUGUCCUCCCUCCUCGCCGACAUUCUGGGAAACAACGCAGGCUGGGGAGUCGCUUCAAGCUGUGCGUCUUUACGCUUUUUUAAUCUCCGGAUAACGACUACAGCCGGGAUCGCUACUACGGUUUGGGUUUCUGUUGUCUCCAGCGGUGCGUAAAAAGUGGAAUGUCAAGGAGCAUACAUGUCCGCUGCUCUUGUUUCUGCUGACAUCGGGUGACUCCGUGUUUCCAGAGCGCUUUGCAGACCGACACCUGCGUAUGGAGCCAGAAUGAAUACAAGAUGUUCACUCCUCAGACUAAGAAGAAAACAGUUCAUCCCCUCCCUCCUGACCCUCCUGUCCAUCUGCGUCCUGCUGUUGGUCAAGUACAGCUACAUCACCGACCUGUUGCUUUUCCCGGCGGCUUCAGAUGUUCAGACAUUUCACAGGUACAACGUUAACUGCUCUGCUAUCUAUGACAUGGACCCGGUGGAGGUGGGGAAAUCUCUCACCAUCCGAAGUGAAAAGGUCGUGGAGGACGAAGAUGAAAGUCUGGUUAACUACACCUCCAACUGCUCAUCGUUCCACCAGUCGAGAGGUUACAAUGAUGUGUGUGUCUCGAAGGAGGAGAAAAACUUUCCUCUUGCUUAUUCUUUAGUUGUGCAUAAAUCUGCCUGGAUGGUGGAGAGACUCAUCAGAGCUCUGUACUCGCCCAGUAACAUCUACUGCAUCCACUAUGACCAGAAGUCCUCGGCUCAGUUCAUCUCAGCCAUGGAGGGUUUGGCCCGCUGUCUGCCCAACGUCUUCAUCGCCAGCAAACGGGAGUCCGUCUUCUAUGCCAGCAUCAGCCGGUUGAAAGCCGAUCUAAACUGCUUGUCUGACCUUUCGAGCUCAGAAGUCAAGUGGAAGUACGUCAUCAACCUCUGCGGCCAAGAUUUCCCGCUCAGGUCCAACAUCGAGCUGGUAUCCGAGCUAAAGAAGCUAAAUGGUGCUAACAUGCUGGAAACGAGCCGACCCAGUGAGUCGAAAAAGCAGAGGUUCACCUUUCAUCAUGAGCUGAAAGACGUCAGCUUUGAGUAUCAGAAGCUGCCGGUAAAAACGGAGCGGAAGAAGAGUCCGCCGCCGCACGGCAUCGAGGUGUUCUCCGGCAACGCCUACUUCGUGCUGUCGCGGGAGUUUGUUGCGCACUUGAACGCCUCAGUUGUAGUGAAGGAUUUCCUGGCCUGGUCAGAGGACACGUACUCCCCAGAUGAACACUUCUGGGCCACGCUUGUGCGACUGCCUGGCGUUCCAGGAGAGGUGUCCAGAUCGCAGCCGGACAUCACCGACCUGAUGAGUAGGACCAGGCUGGUGAAGUGGCAGUACCUGGAGGACAAGCUGUACCCGCCGUGCACUGGGCAGCACGUCCGCAGCGUCUGUAUUUUCGGUGCAGCCGAAAUGCGAUGGUUGCUCAACUACGGUCACUGGUUCGCAAAUAAGUUUGACCCCAAAGUGGACCCCAUUCUCAUUCAGUGCCUUGAGGAGAAACUGCAGGAAAAGCAAAAGUUCUUCCAGUCACAGACCUUAAAGACCUGCCCAAAGGGUUGACUGAUGAUAUACUGUAGAUCUGACACGGUGUUAACCAGCAACGAGUAUGACAGUUGAUUGUUCUUUUAAGGUCAUUUUUCAUAUCUGAUUGAAUUUGCUGCUAUUUCUUGUCUUCCAUUGUAGUAGAUUGACUGACUUUUGGACAGUUAGUCGAACAAACCAAAACAUUUGAUGAUAUCUUGAGUUUUAACCCUUUGAACCCUCAAACAGUUUCUGGGCAUUUUGUUGC